AUGUCCAAGACAACUCUCGCAGUCAUCGCAGCAGCAAGCGCAGGAGCUGGCGCUGCCCUCACCGCAGGAAUGUACUCGCUCCGCUCAGGCAAUGAGCGCAAGCUCGAAGCAAAGACUAUAUCCACAACCACGACGACCAUGUCCACCUCUCCCUCGGCCGUAUCCGCGCCCAUCCCCGUGCCCGCGAAACAGAUCUUCGCCCCGUCCUCGUCGCAGCCGGGCGGCCUCUCCACCUCGGCCCCGGCCGCCCUGGGCGUCGGCGCGCCCGUCGACCCGUCCGGCGUCUUCGAGUACGGCUUCCCGGGCCCCGUGUCCGACAUCGCCACGCGGACGGCGCUGGUGUCGUCGUACGACCGGCGCACGCGCAACCCGCACUGGGUGGUCGAACACAUCACGCCGGCGUCGCUGGCGCAGCGGGGCGGCGACCGCAAGCACAGCGUCUUCCUCGAGGACGGCGCGGUGCCCGACAAGUUCCGGGCCAAGCUCAAGGACUACUUCCGCUCGGGCUACGACCGCGGCCACCAGGUGCCCGCCGCCGACGCCAAGUGGGCGCAGGCCGCCAUGGACGAGACCUUCUACCUGACCAACAUGUGCCCCCAGGUCGGCGAGGGCUUCAACCGCGACUACUGGGCUCACCUCGAGGACUUCUGCCGCCGCCUGACGGUGCGCUACCCCUCGGUGCGCAUCGUGACGGGGCCGCUGUACCUGCCCAAGAAGGACCCCGUCGACAACAAGUGGUACGUGCGCUACGAGAUGAUCGGCAACCCGCCCAACGUCGCCGUGCCCACGCACUUCUACAAGGUCAUCUUCGCCGAGGACGCGGCGCCCGCCCCGCCGGGCGCGCCCCCGGGCGCCGGCCAGGUCGCCAUCGGCGCCUUCGUGCUGCCCAACGCCCCGAUCCCCAACGAGAAGCCCAUCACCGACUUCGAGGUCCCCAUCGAGGCCGUCGAGCGCGCCAGCGGCCUCGAGUUCGCCAGCAAGCUGCCCGUCGCCCGCCGCAAGAGGCUCUGCGCCGAUACCACCUGCGCCUUGGUCAUCAAGGACUACGCCGACAGGCAGAAGGCGUUUGCGAAGCCCGGCGCGGCGGCAGUUGUUGCGAAGCGGUGA